GAUCUGGAAGUGACGUUACCUUUUAGGCUCACACGGAAACGACAGACUUGACAACAGAAUAGAGUUUUUUGUUUGUAUGUACUCCUCUGGUUCUCGUACCGACAGAUAUUUCAGAAAGUCCACAAUAGUAUGUAGACGUUGCUGUAAAGGUACUGGAGCUGCCGCAGCUAGUUACGGCUAGACAGCCAACGUAAGCUAACGCUGCGAGGUGUUUUCACCUCGCUGGUAGUGAGAAGUAGCUUGUUUACGUUACCUACAGUAGUUGUCAGUUUCCAGUAAAUGGCCUGCACUUUAGAAAAAGUGUUGGGUGAUGCUCGAACUCUUCUCGAGAGGCUGAAAGAGCACGACACGGCCGCCGAAGGACUGAUAGAGCAGUCCGGGGCCCUCAGCCAGAGAGUGCAGGGCAUGAGAGAGGUGGGGAAUGCCUUUCCAGAAAAGCACACAGAAGACUCAUCAGAGAUUCAGGAGCUGACCAAAUACAAGCCUCAUGUCCUUCUGACUCAGGAAAAUACUCAGAUCAAGGAGCUACAGCAAGAGAAUAAAGAACUAUGGUUGUCUCUUGAAGAACAUCAGUACGCGCUGGAGUUGAUCAUGGGUCGAUACCGCAAGCAGAUGCUUCAACUAAUGAUGGCGAAGAAGGAGCUGGACACCAAACCUGUGCUCAGCCUCCAUGAGGACCAUGCAAAAGAAGUGCAGAGCCAGGUGGAGCGGAUAUGCGAGAUGGGGCAGGUAAUGAGAAGAGCAGUGCAGGUGGAUGAUCAGCACUACUGCUCUGUUCGAGAGAGGCUCGCUCAGCUAGAGAUUGAGAACAAAGAGCUGCGAGACCUCCUGGCCAUUAGCAAGGGCUCUGUGAAGACAGCAAGAGAAGAAACCAACCAGCCAGCAACAGCAGCACAAGAACAGUCCCCUCAACCAGGGUCCAACGAGUGACGAGAACAGCUUCACUGUGAAUGGGGGAAACAAGUCCCUCAGGACCAGAAGACAAGGUUGAUGUUCUCCUCACCUGUGUUCACCACAUUCUUUUUUUUUUUUUUUUUUUUUUUUUUUUUUACAUGAGAUGGAAUGCAGUCAGACCACAGCAUAUGUUUUGUAGUGAAAGCCACUUAAACACAGCGUUCUGGCCAUCAGAAGUAUAUAUCUGUGGGUAUAUCUUGACGGUAGCUAUUGUAAGCUUUUGUAUGUACAGCAAACAUAUGUACACACACACGUCCUGGAGUAAAGGCAGUAAAAGCAGAGGGGAUUUAUUUUGUUUUUGGCCAAAGAUACAUUUACUCGUCAAGGACACAGUUUCUACCUCUUUGUUGCCCCUUUGCUGUUCACUCACUCUCACAAUGUGUACAAUGCUCAUAACCACCCCGCUAUGAGUCCACUAAGAAACCAACUCGUAGGUUGGACCAUCUUAAGGAGCUGUGCUUGAUAAUCACUCUGCCAACAUGAUGACUUCUGGCUGUUUCACACAGUUUGCCUGCUGAGGACUGACAGUGGAUCAUUUAUAUGUGAUUUUCUGUCAUUUUAUGAAUUUGAUAUGUUUGUCAGUCUGUUUGUAGAAUUCAUAUGUAACAUAAGAUUUCCAUGUUUAGUACUUUGACUGUAUAUGUUUAACGGAAGUUUUCUAGUUAUCAGAUUUGGAUGCAGAGUGAUCAAAUGUCCCAGUUGAUGGCACACCUUUAUUUAAUGGUAACAAUUUCAAAAUAUGCCAACUUUUUGUGUAAUGGAUAUGAAAUGUUUGCGCACUGUAUGUUCUCGGAAAUUGUAUAUUGUCAUCUCAGGAAAUCAGUGUUAAUAAGGUGAACAUGCUGUAACGACUUCAUGACAGUGUAGUGAUUUGUGUCAAACAGAAUUUCACUCAGAAACUUUAAAAUAAAUUUGCAAUGAAAAAAUG